AUGCGGUCUAGGCUGAAGAGCAAGAGCGCCGUCUAUGCAGGGGAUGCUGCGAUGGAUCUUAGUUGGAGGAUGAGCUCCACUGUUUCUCGAUCGAGAUUAGUGGAGGAGGCUGGGGGAAUGCACCAAAUUGGGGAUGUAGCGGGCUUCGAGGAAGCUCCAACCAGAGGACCGUGUCAGCCAGAUAUCAUUCCAGCUUAUCAGGUCACUUGGCUCGCAAUGGCAUCCUCAUCUCUAUCGGAGAGUGGUAAAGUGGAGGACAGUGGGCGGUGUCAUCCCACGAGAAUAGCUGACUCAGCCGGGUACCCCAGCCUUUUUAACCCAGUGCUCAUUACUGUAGUUAUAUAUUCUUUCACAACAUGUCUUCCGAUACCAAUUCACCCUCGGCUUUACUACUUCUCUCCCCCGCCUCCAGCCUUUUCUUUUACCAAAGUCAAAGAUGCCUUUGAGCCAUCCUUAGUGGAUGUUUUCACUAAGCUCUCAAAUGCCUUGGCUGGAUCCAACCGUACAGCUUUACUGGAUAUUGCUCUGGCCAUUCCAGAUCUUCUUUCCCCGAGCUGCCAACCUCGGGCCAAAGUGUUUGCACCACUCCAACAUUAUAUGACCAGCGUCUAUACCCUGGUUGUUGCUGUCUGUGCAACACAAAACAUUGAAUUGGACUCUCCAGGUGGCAUUGAUACCCGGGUGGUAUUUAUCGAUGCAAGUGAGAACACCUCAGCCAUCCAAGCCUCCGAUAGUUCUCGCUUUGGUCCGAUUCUGGACAUCCAAUCACUAGCAAAUUCAAGGCGCUGUUGGGAUUAUGUUUUCUACCUGUCCAACACAACCGGCCAAACUUUGGCUAAUUGCUUCACCAACAGUGUUGGGAGCCAGGCCCGGGACGGCACGGCGGCAAGCAUGCAAGCCAUCACAAGCCAGCCUGACUGGGCGAUCCCUGACCGCCUGUUAAUUCCUGAUGACCAACAUUCAUUCACUCCACACUAUUCGGUGGUUGUUGGUGGCACAUUUGAUCACCUUCAUGUUGGUCACAAACUUCUGCUCACAGCAGUUGCAUUGGUCCUGGAACCGCUGGACCGGGAGCACGAGGGCCGCCUGACCAUCGGAGUGACCGGGGAUGCGCUGUUGGUCAAUAAAAAAUAUGCCGAAUUCCUCGAGAGUUGGGAAGCGCGUUGGCAGAGUACUGCAGCUUUUCUGACGGCCAUUAUGGAUUUCUCGCCCGGAAAGAAGUCACCGCAGAUUGAACGUGCUUUUGCGCCAGUUCCCAAUGGCAAGACUGUCCUCGUAAGGAUCCAACCCAACCUGGCGUUUGAAUUUGUGGAGAUAUCUGAUCCAUUUGGGCCCACGAUUACCGAGGAGAACCUUGGAGCAAUUGUUGUCUCAAAGGAGACACACUCAGGAGGGGCAGCCGUCAACGAAGAGCGGGUGAAGAAGGGAUGGAAAGGUCUGGCCGUAUUCGAGGUGGAUGUACUCCAGUCUGGAGAAGCAUCCACGACCACUGAUGUUGAGGGCUUCGAGUCCAAAAUCAGCAGCACGGAUAUCAGACGGCGCCGAGUCCAUCUCGCAAAGGUUUGA